UCAGCUCGCUGUAGCUGGGCAAAUCAAAAGCAAUAUUCGCAUGCGUCGCAGCAGCGCUAAGCCGGCCGUGCAUGCAGAUCCAAAAAGAUACUUAAAAAAUAUAAAAAAAAUACAAAUAAAAUACAAAAUAAAACUGAUACAAGUAUAAAUAUAAUUUGCAAACAACAUUGAGACUAGCAACGAGACCAAAGCCGCAAAAAAAAAGAAGCGAACAAAAGGUUCCUCGUCGCGUCUGCAACAUUUUGCAUAAAAAACCAAUUUGCAUAUCAAGUGUCGCGUGUGUAUGUGUGUGUGUGUGAAAGAAGGGCUAAAGUGCGUAUAACAAUAUAAUAGUGCAAUCAUGUCACAACAACAGCAACAACAACAACCACAACAACAACGGCAACAGCAGCCCACAGUGCCUUCAAUUGCUGCUUUGUUCAAUCAGCAACUGCAUCGAGGGGAGCAGCAAUCAAAUUGCAAAUUGCAGCCGAACGAGAAGAAAAAAAUCAAGAGGAAUGAGGUGCUCCAAAAUGUUGCGAAAUUCUUUGGAGAGUUGUUCGGCACAGCCAUCCUGGUUUACGUCGGCUGCUUGGGCUGCACACAUUCACCGUCGAUCAGUAAUUCCGCGUUCCAGGCCUCAUUCGCGUUUGGUCUCGCCGUGCUCAUCGCCAUCCAGUGCUUCGGCUGUGUGUCGGGCGCCCAUAUCAAUCCCGCCGUGACGCUGGCCAGCCUGGUGUACGAGCAGAUAACGUGGUUCAUGGCCAUUUACUAUGUUGUGGCCCAGAUACUUGGAGGCCUUAUUGGCUACGGCCUGCUGAUUGCAUCGCUGCCCAAAAAUAUGCUGACCAACGAGAUGACCCCCAGGGGUGCCUGUGUGACCUUCGUGGUCAGCAACUUGCCCUAUUGGCAGGGCUUCCUCAUUGAGUUCCUCAUCACGGCUGUUCUGAUCUGUGUGUGCUGCGGUAUUUGGGAUCAACGCAAUGCGGAGCAAAAGGAUUCCAUACCGAUUCGCUUUGGCCUCACAGUGGGCUGCAUAGCCAUCGCUGGGGCACAGUACACUGGCGCCAGCAUGAAUCCGGCCCGUUCGCUUGCACCAGCUGUGUGGAACAAUUCCUGGGAACAUCAUUGGAUAUACUGGGUCGCCCCCUUGGUAGCAUCGCUAAUCACUUCAUUAGCCUACAAGUACGGCUUUAGAAAUACGCCAGAAAGACCAAGCAAAGUGAACAUUUCGCAGCCGUAGUUAGUCUUGAUCUGUGCAUAUAUCCCAAUAAUCCACUGGGCUUAUAUAUUUACAUAGAUGUAUCCGACAGACGUUUAGCUAUAAUUCGAAAUCAAAGUAACUAAAAUUAAGUUAAGGAUGAGCAUGUACCACAUAGCUUAGCGUCAAUCUAGUGAGUAAGAGACGUAAAGAAAAAUGUGUAUAUUCUAUGCAGUUUACAUUACAAAUAUAUAUUAGUAAAGCCCGAAAGAGUUCAAA